AUGCCGUUUUCGUCACCCCCUAUUCCAGGUCAAGGAGGUCCAUCGCAUCAACAUUAUCAACAUCAUCCACAACAACCAUUAUCCAUACCAACAUCGUCUAGUCCCAGUCCAAAUAACUCUUAUGGACAGCCGCAAGGUCAUACGGGAACUAGUUUUCCGCGACAAACGAGUUUCGCUGGACCAAGCCAUCAACAAGGUGGACCAUCAAGAUGGGAUGGCAAUCAGGAUGGACAUAUGCCUAACGGAAGUAGCAAUGGUAGUGCAAGCGGAAGUGGCGGAGGGAUGGUCAGUGGCUUAAGUGCAUUAAUGCGAUCAAGAGGAGGAAAUGUCAAUGACAUGGAAAUGAACUCUUCACCACCUGGAUAUGCUAAUUCAUCGUUAUCUUCCAAUCCUCAUUCUGGGUUCCAUCCUUCAUCUUAUGGACCCAACAUGCCUUUCUCAGCAUUGGCAUUGGGAAUGUCACAACAUGGUACCAAUUCCUAUAUGAAUAGUAAUAUGGGGAUGAGCAUAUCACCACCUCAUUGGGGUUCUCUAGGUUCGGGUAGUUUCGUGGGAAGUAUGGGCAACUUUGGUACGAGCUUGAACAGCAGAGAAAGAGAAUUGGAAGCUAGUUACGUUAGGGAUUUCAAUUGUUGUGGAAGAAAAUUGAAUGGGUUACAUGCGCUAUUAGAACAUUAUGAAGAAGAACAUGCAAAUCUUGCACCAGAUGUCAGAAUAGCAGCAAUAAAUGCUGCUCAAAAUUCAAUGAAUCCAAAUUCAAAUCAUGCUCCGAUCCCAUCGAGAAAUCCUUCCAAUCCAUUCAUUGGAAAUGGUCAAAUCCCACCUACGCCAACUUCCAUGGGCCAUGGUCACCAUCAGAGUGACGUACCUGCACCGCCUGGUAUGAUGGACAUCGAAAUGGAUGAACCCACACAAUAUCCAGCCACGGCUCAUCAAUUGGGUCAACAUCAACAACCCCAUUUUAAUCACCGUCCUCCUGGUCAAAAUGGUAUGCCCUCAAAUCCAUGGGCGGCAGCAUUCCGACCACAAUUAGGCAAUCCUUCACAGCCACAAUGUGUACCACCUAGUCUGUUGUCUUACGCUCCUCCUACUCCCGGAAGUCAAAUGAACGCAGUCCUCACUCCCGAGCAAUUGCAAGCCAAAGCUUUGAGGAAAGCUCAAAAGAAAGCUGAACGAGCCGCAAGGGAAGAAGCUUCUGCCGACGAUCCUGAAGGUGACAAGCGAUUCCCCUGUCCAAUUGAGGGAUGUGGUAAAGUUUAUAAACAGGCUAAUGGGUUAAAGUAUCACCUCACGAGAUCGAUAAACUCCGGUCAUGGCAAUGUAGCAGCGUUAGGUGGGCUGGCAGCGAUACUAGGCGAGAGUCAUGAUAGCUUGUAG